AUGGGAAAAUGCCAUACUUUGAUGAUCUUCCUCGCUUCUUCUCUUCUUCUUGUCUGUCAAAACCUCAAAGUCGUUAACGCCGUCGACGGGUGUGCCGGAAGCUUCAUCAACGGUAACAGCAGUUACAUUCAGGAUCGCAACAAACUCUUCUCUACUCUUGCUAAUCAAGUCAUCGCCAGUGGUGAAUUUUACAAUGCUUCACUAGGCAAAAGUCCUGACCGAGUUUACGCUCUUGCCCUCUGCGCAAGAGGCUACGAGGAACACAAUUGUAUCGAUUGUGUUGAACGCGCGACUCGGAGUAUACAAACUAUUUGUUUAAACCGCAUGGAUUCGUUCAGGUGGGACAAAGACGGCGAAGACCGUGUUUCUUGUCUUGUACGUUCCUCAAACCACACAACCUUCGGGAACCUAGAGCUUAGACCAGCUAAUAUAUACCCACAUCCAGAUGGUAUCGAGCCAUCUAAAAACAUGACCCUUUUCCAACAACAGUGGGACGCAAUGGUCAACCGGACCGUCGAGUCUGCCACAGAAGCUAAUACCUCCACGGUACUUAAGUACUAUGGUGCCCUAAGAGACGAGUUCACGGAGUUUCCAGAUGUUUACAUGCUGAUGCAGUGCACACCAGACAUAACUUCCCAAGAUUGCAAGAGAUGUUUGGGAGAAUGCGUGAGUUUGUAUAAAAGCCAGUAUUGGGGCAGACAAGGAGGAGAAGUUAAUCGCCCGAGCUGUUUGUUCAGGUGGGAUCUAUAUGCUUUCCAUAAUGCUUUUGGUAACGUAACAAGAUCUCCUGCGCCUCCUCGACCACCGGCUCGGGAAAAGGAGAUCUCUAAAACAAACAAGAAAGGAAGAAGCAUUGGUUAUAAGGGAAUCAUUGUGAUAAUUGUGGUUGUGACUUUAAUAAUUAACGUUUUGGCAUCUAUUGGUUUCUUCAAAUUCAGUGCUCGGAGGAGAAGAUUAAAGAAGAGAUUCAAUGUUGGUAGUGCAGAGUACUCUGAUUCUGCUGGUCAAUUUAUGUUAAGAUUUGAUCUUCAUAUGAUCUCAACGGCGACCGAUGACUUCUCGUGUGAAAAUAAGCUUGGCCAAGGUGGAUUUGGAACGGUCCAUAAGGGAACAUUACCAAACGGGCAAGAUGUAGCGGUGAAGAGAUUAACAAAAACUUCAGGACAAGGAGAUACGGAGUUUAAGAAUGAGGUUUCACUCUUGACAAGACUCCAACAUAGGAACCUUGUUAAGCUUCUUGGGUUCUGUAAUGACGGAGAUGAAGAGAUUCUUGUCUACGAACUUGUCCCUAAUGCAAGUCUUGAUAAUUUCAUCUUUGAUGACGAGAAGCGUUCGCUUCUUACGUGGGACGUAAGAUUCAGAAUUAUAGAAGGCAUUGCUCGAGGUCUUGUUUAUCUCCAUGAAGAUUCUCAGCUAAAGAUUAUUCACCGAGACUUGAAGGCGAGUAACAUACUCUUAGAUGCAGAUAUGAACCCUAAAGUUGCUGACUUUGGGACCGCAAGAUUGUUCGACACUGAUGAGACUCGAGCUGAAACAAGAAAAAUAGCUGGAACUCGUGGAUACAUGGCUCCCGAAUACUUGAAUCAUGGGCAAAUUUCAGUUAAAUCUGAUGUAUAUAGCUUCGGUGUUAUGCUUCUAGAGAUGAUAAGUGGUGAAAGAAACAAUAGCUUCGAAGGAGAAGGACUUGCAGCUUUUGCAUGGAAGAGAUGGGUUGAAGGAAAGCCUGAGAUAAUAAUUGAUCCUCUACUGAUGGAGGAUCCGAGAACUGAGAUCAUCAGGUUGAUUCAGAUUGGUUUAUUGUGUGUUCAAGAGAAUCCAUCAAAGAGGCCAACCAUGAGCUCGGUAAUAGUAUGGUUUAGCAGUGAAACUAUCAUCAUUCCUGUACCUAAAGCUCCUGCUUACACUGGAAGCCAAUUCCAAUCAUCUGAAAGUGGUACAAUGUCAAUGAGCAAUGUCUUCACGGAGUUGAGUUCUCGUUAA